AUGGCACCGAUCACAGUGGCUGCUGUCCAAGCUGGCAGCGUAUCGUUUGACUUACCAGCAUCUCUGACCAAACUCGAAUCACUCGUUAUCGAAGCGAAGGGCAAAGGUGCUGGUCUCGUUGUCUUCCCUGAAGCUUUCUUAAGCGCUUAUCCAAGAUUUCUGGGCUUUGUGAUUGGAACCAGGACGGAUGAGAACAGAGAAUGGUUCAACCGUUAUGUGAAUUCGGCAGUCAAAAUCCCCAACGGAUACCUCUCAGUCGGAAUCGUUGAACGAUCCCACGUCGGCGCAACAUUGUGGUGUACCAACAUCCUCCUGGGACCUGAUGGCGCUCUCCUCUCACGGCAUCGCAAACUUCAGCCUACGGCUGCUGAACGUGUCGUCUGGCAUCAAGGUCAAGGGAUGACGGAUGGUGGGAGGGAAGACAACCUACCUGUGGUGCAGACUGCAAUGGGCAGAAUAGGCGGUUUGAUCUGCUGGGAGAAUUACAUGCCACUGGCUCGAUAUCUGCUUUACAGGAAAGGCGUGGAAAUAUACCUAGCCCCGACGGCUGAUGGUCGACCGACAUGGACACCGACAAUGCAACACAUAGCUCAAGAAGGUCGAUGUUUUGUCAUUGGAGUCAAUCAAUAUCAGUCAGAAGAGCAUUUCCCAGCAAACUAUCCUCCAACGCUCAAGAAGGCCGGGGCUGGUACCGCCACGACCAAUACAGGGAACGUCCAGGCUGAGGAUAAGCAGGGAGCUCAUGCGGCAUCCGACGGCGUGGUCGCGUCGCCUAGCCAUAAGCAGUCUGAAGGGGUUUCCACCUGGUGUCCAGGUGGCACCUGCAUCGUCGGACCAUUAGGCCAGAUUCUCGCCGGGCCAUUAUGGGAUCGAGAAGGUGUCCUGUAUGCCGCAAUCGACCUGGACGAUCUGAUCGGUGCCAAGCUUGAUUUCGAUCCUGUCGGGCAUUACUCACGGGACGAUCUCUUAGUCGGGCUAUUGAGUCAGGGACCGUCAUAGAUUACUCGUCAACGAUACACAGAAUCUUUGGCGCGCGAUGUAUCUAUGUACGUUUCGAAGCCCAUCUUGCCGCAUCUGGC